CGAGGGAGGCGUUAACGGCCGAAAAAGAGGAGGGCGGCGGCGCGCGCGAGGGCGCCUAAUAGCUCAGAGGCGAAAGCUGGCGCGCGCUUUGUGCAAGCGGCUGACCUUUCCCCUCCCCCAGUCGCUUCACCCGGCCCGGGAUGAAGGCGGAGGAGAGUCGCUCGCUGCCUUGGUAGCAGCUGGGACGCGCCGGGUCACUUUUCACUCUACUUCGUGUGAGGGGAGGGCGAGGAAAACAGUCCCAAUGCAUCGCCCCAGGAGAAUAGCGUGGGCCGAGAGCCGGGGGGAUCCUUGCGGGGCGGGACGGGGCGAGGGGCGGAGGGAAAGCGACGCCUCCUCUCGCUCCUCCUCCUCCUCGUCUGCAGCGGUGCAGCUGAGGUAUGCGGAGUACCCCACUCAGGAGGGGGUCCCCCGGGGGUUCGAGAAAGAGGAGGUGACGGCAGGGUGCGAAGGUGCGCAGCCUCUCCUGCGAGGGAUCUUCCGGAUCGGCAAGAGGAGUUGCGACGUGGUGCUGAGCGCCAAGAGGCUCAGCUGGACCCCGAUUGAGCCCGAGAGCCCCACAGGUGGCUCCGGCAUAGACUUGCGGUGCAAAGAGGAACAUGUUGAAAUGGAAGAUAUCUUUUCUGUAAAACUGAAACGUCGCCGUUUGGCUGGACAGCAAAAAGGUGGCUUAUUAUUGGGCAUCACGCUGUUUGUCUGCCUGAAAAAAGAACAAAACAAACUUAAGGAUUCCAUACUCAAUCUCAGUAACUUAAGUGAAGACCACUGUCACUUGUGGUUUAAAACUUUUAAGGACCUUUUGAAUGGUUUUUCCAGCAGGCCAAAGUCAUUAAAAGUGUUUGUCAAUCCAAACAGUCAUAAACGAGAGGCUACUCACAUUUAUUAUGAUCAAGUUGCACCUCUCUUUAAGUUUGCUGACAUCAGAAUUGACCUCACAGUUACUGAAUAUGAAGGACAUGCUCUUGCAAUGCUUAAGGAAUGUGACCUGAAAUCCUUUAAUGGGGUGGUUUGUGUAGGUGGAGACGGAACUGCCAGCGAGGUGGCUCAUGGUAUUUUGCUUAGAGCCCAGAUAGAUGCUGGGAGGGACAGUGAUGAUAUCCUUGAACCAGUAAAAGCACAAAUUCCUCUUGGAAUAAUACCAGCAGGUUCCACAAAUAUUUUGGCUCACACUCUGAAUGGAGUUCAACACAUACGAACUGCAGCAUUGAACAUAAUCCUGGGACAUCUUCAAUCAGUAGAUAUAUGUUCAUUCAGUAGUCCGACCAAACUGCUUCGCUUUGGUUUCUCAGCUAUGUUUGGUUUUGGAUCAAGGACUCUCGCUUUUGCUGAAAAGCAUCGAUGGAUGCCUUCAAAUCAGCGAAAUUUUUUUGCUGUGAUCAAGACACUGGCAAGGCUGAAAUCAGAAGAUUGUGAGUUAUCAUUCCUGCCUUUGAUGCGCACACAGCAAACUGCCCCAGAAAAUGAUGGAAAGAAGCAAGAAAGGCUUAACUCUGACAGCCAGGAUCAGCAGGACAGGAUCCAGGGUCAUUUCCUGAAUGUGAGCAUUAUGGCAAUCCCUUGUCUAUGCGCAAUGGCACCAAGAGGCUUGGCACCUAAUACCAGAUUGAAUGAUGGAAGCAUAUCUCUUAUUGUUGUCCGGAACACCUCUCGUCCAGGAUUUAUUAAACACCUGAAAAGAUACGCCAGUGUAAAAAACCAGUUCAACUUUCCCUUUGUUGAGACGUACACUGUUGAGGCAGUAAAAGUUCAGCGAAGAACGAAAAAGGACUGUGUCAGUGAAGAAAAUGUAGAAUCUGCAGAAGAGACGUAUCCUUGGAAUAUAGAUGGUGAUUUGAUGGAAUGGACAUCAGAAAUCCUUGUUCGGGUUCAUCCUGCAUUAAUUUGUCUAUAUGGAAGCAAUGCCGAUACAGUAGAAAACCCAAAAGGAUUAUGAAGUUCUCUUUAGAAGAAAAUGAUGAAAAGCAAUUCCCUAUUUUUCAGCUGAAUCAUGUUUACAUCUUGUAUAUAGCAAAGUACUGUAGAUUUCAAACUAAAUCUGGAUGAGAAAUUCCUGAUAAAUUCUUCAUUGGUAUUUGAUGCUUAUUUUAUGUCACACAUCCCUUGCUAAACAGUCUUCCACGAUUAAGCAUCAGUCUUCUGUUUUAAUUGUCAAUAUUCCAGAUUUUAGGAAUUCACUGUGAAACAGUACCAAAUGAAACUGUUCUGGCUAUUGAUAAUGCAAUUUCUAAAAAAAGAAAUCCCCAGUAAAUAUAUGUGGCAAAUAGUAUAUGUAAUGGUAAUUUUAUUUGAGCAGACAAUAUUUUAGUACAGCAGUUGAAUUUUUUUGUUAUUUUGUGUGUUUAAAUCCAGCCUUCUCUCUGGACUCAAGACUUGGGACCAGCAGCAUCUCCUACUAUUGUAAAUAUUUUUAUUUCACUUGUUUGUCAAAAAAAAUUAAGAAGGAACUACUUACAUAGAAAUCUAAUUGUUAUUCAUUCUGGAACCAUAACCAAAUGUUUUAAUUAAAAAGUUGCACUGAUUCUACUCAGAUUUAACACAGCUUUCACAGCCUAUUGUUUCAUCUGAUGGGAAAGACCCUGUAGGGUAGGCUAAACCUAUCACCAUCAUCCACAAACACCUCACUUUUUUUUCCUCCACAGCUGUUAGGUCCAACUGCUUGCUUGUUUGUUUGGCUUUGGAGACAUAGACCGGUUGUUGGAACCUCAGCACACACCGUUUAUCAUUCAGAUAGGCAUAUCAACACAGACGUGUUGCUUCGGAAAUUACGUGAUUACGAUCCAGCAGGAUCAGAACAAAAAUGUGUUCCCAUUAAUGACCCUGCCUGUGAGUCACAGUUGACAUCCCAUUUCCUUUUUCUAUCCACAGUGGGAUUGAAGAGGCAAGGUUGGUUAGCAUGCUAGGCAUUUUCCAGUGGCGGCUGCAGGGCAGGGAAAAAUACAUUUAAUAAAAUAGCACCAGAUCACUUUUUACCACAUUUUUUCCUUUCAGUCCUCACACUUUGAAGCCUUUGACAAUACAAUUGGCCUCUGUUCAAAUGUGUUUGGCUUGAAGUGCAAUAUUUUACCUUCUCCCUGAGCUGUACUAUUGAGAUCUUUUACAAACUAGAACACCAUAUGAAACUGGAAGAUCUAAAUCAUUGCUUGCUGAGUACCAUCUGAGAAUUGUAAAACCGACACUUAACUCUUCUAUAAGGAAUGAAACAUGCAGUGUUUUAGUAUGAAAGAUAUGUUUGAAAGGCUGCAUAUUAACUAUGAAUAACUACAUCUGUCAGAUUUAGCACUGUACAUACUGUACAGGCAUGCUCCAGGGAAUAUUGAUAAUUUUUAUAUAAAAAUAUACUGAAAACAUGUUGUACUGCAUUCUAAAAACAUAUUGGAGGUACUCUUUACAGCUAUGUCAAGUUUGCCCACAAUAUUUUGCUACUUACAUUCGUGACUUGUCGAUCGUCUGCCUAGUAAAGCUAUGCAGAAUGUGAAAAUGGGGGAAAUCGAAUGGCAGUCUCAAGACUUCGUGCUUCAAGUAUAAAACGACAUUGCAUUUCAUAGUGCUUUCUUAGCAAUCAACAGUUCAGUCUUUUUGUGCUUAUGUUCCUGUAAAACUAGAGGCUGAUCUCUCAAUCAUAUCUACCAUUUUUCUUCAUACAUUCUGACAUGCAUUUUGAGACUCGAAUCUGUCCAGUCUUGUAGUAAAUGUCUUUGGUAAAACUGA